AUGAGUCCAACUACGAGUAUAGACAUGGACGACCAGAAGAAUGGCAUCGAGAAGACCGAUGCCCUCGGGGCCAUGCAUCACGAGGAGCCUCCACAGCCCGUCAUUGCUCAGGGCAAUGCCGUCAACCCCUUCCUCAUCUUCGCCUGUGUAACGUUUGCCGCCGCCUCGUUUCUGUUCGGAUACGACGACAAGGUCAUCUCACCAAUCAUCGCCCUGAAGCCAUUUGUCGAGAAAUACCAAGGAGUCAACGAAGCAACAGGCGAGUUCGUCUUCACUGCACGCAACCAGUCGCUGCUCCUCUCCAUCCCUCUGGUCGGUUCCAUCAUCGGGGCCCUCUUCGCAUACCCCCUGAACAACUACCUCGGCCGGAAAUGGCCUCUCCUCAUCGCCUACGUUGUCUCGGUCGGCGGCACGCUCCUGCAGAUCUUCGCCCCGAACCUGGGCGCCUUCGUCGGCGGCCGCUCCAUCGUCGCCAUCUCCAUGGGCAUUGCCAACGCAACCGCCCCCCUGUACCUGUCCGAGGUCGUCCCCGUCGCCAUCCGUGGUCGUGUCGUCGCCUGUAUCAACAUCAUGAACCUGCUCUCCGGCGUCGUGGCGACCUGUGUCGUCUUCGCCACCAGCACCCGCGGCGACAAGCUCUCCUACGAUGUUCCCCUGGCCGUCCAGUGCGCCCUGCCCGCGCUGCUCAUCCCGCCCACCGCCAUCAUGCCCGAGUCCCCCCAGUGGCUCAUCGGCAAGGACAAGUUCGACCAGGCCCUCUCCGCCCUCCGCAAGCUCCGUGGCAACUCGGACGCCGAGGUCGCCGAUGAGCUGCGCGUCAUGAAGCUCUGCCAGGACAACGAGCGCUCCCUCAUCAACGACGUGUCCUUCUGGAACAUCUUCGACAGGCAGAACAUCAAGCGCACCAUCACGGCCGGCUCCUUCUUCUCCUUCAACCAGAUCUCGGGCGUCUUCCUGUCCACCACCUACGCCACCGUCUUCCUGCAGGACAUCAACGUCGCCUCGCCCUUCGCCCUCACCGUUAUCGCCUCCUGCUGCACCCUUGCCGGCUGCUGCAUUGCCCCGCUGGUCAUCGAGAGGCUCGGCCGUCGCCCGCUCGCCAUGGGCGGCAUGGGCAUGCUCUUCAUCCUGGACGUCAUUGCCGGUGGCCUGGCCUUCCGCAUCUCGGAGCCCUCGUACGCCAUCGGAGUUGCCGCCUGCUCCUUCAUGUUCAACUUCUUCUGGGGCUCCUCCUUCUACUCCCUGUCCAACGUCAUGCCCUCCGAGAUCCCCACCACCAAGCUUCGAAGCUACACCAUGUCCUACACCAUCGCCUGGGCCCAGACCACCGCCGUCAUCACGACCGUUGUUGUGCCGCAGAUCACCGCCGCUGACGGAGCUGGCCUCGGUGCCAAGACAUACCUCGUCUUUGCCGGUUGUAUGCUGGGAGUCAUCACCUUUGUCUACUUCCUCCUCCCCGAGACGAGAGGCAGGACUUUCGCCGAGAUUGAUGAGAUGUACGACGCCAAGAUCCCCAUGUGGAAGUGGAGGAAAUACGAGACAUCAACGACCGCGAAGACGGCCAAGAAGAUCGAGAUCUAG